GAGAGACCAGGACGGCUCCGCUGUAUCUUGCUACACUUAUGGAUGCCUGGGACCCGGACCCCAGCCAAGGACCUCUCCACCCAGGAGAACCCAGGGAUCCAGCCUCCGUUGGGCACAGCUCCCCAAUGACCAGUGCCUGGAUCUCUGACGGUAGUGCUGUUGACCCUGGAGUGUCUAGGGAUAUGUCACAGACUUUCGAAGUUGCUCAGGUACAAAUAAGAAAGCAGAAUGCUAUCACGGAGAGAGAAAGAAGGAAACGAAUCUCUGUGAGCUGUGAACGGCUCCGGAUCUUGCUGCCCAAGUUUGAAGGUCGUCGAGAGGACAUGGCCUCCAUCCUGGAGAUGGCUGUACAGUAUCUAAAGCUUGCUCGAACCCUUGUGCCCACAGAAGAACAGAGCACUAUUCUUGCUCCCUCAGAGGAGGUAUGUCAGAAGUGGCAAAAGAAUGUGUUGAUUCCAAAUACCAGAAAGCAGAUUUCAGAGAUGAGAGCCUUUGAUACAGCUAGGCAAAGGGGAUCUCCAGGCUGCCUGACAAUUCCUGUGGAAAAGAGCAAACCAGCACUGAUGUCGGGUGAGCCUGUGGAUAAUGCCAUGGAAGACACAUGUUCCAUCUUUGAAAAAGGGCUUUCAGAGCCAGCCCUGCUGCCUCCUGACCCGAGUCUCUUCAGUACCCCCGUGCACUCCAGUGGGACAACCCCUUCUCUACCUUGGCCUUCCCUCUUGCCACCAGCCUUUCCUCUAGAGCCCUCAACAGUGGGAAGAUGCCCAAGUCUGGUAGGACUCAGUCCUGGGGAAGCUGUGUCUCAAGUACAGCUACUGAGGAAUACCCAUGAGCCUUCUGCUGUCCUGAUGAUACCCCCUCUGGAUACCAGAUCAAUGUCAGAAUCUGAAGUAGAAGAUGAGUUGCCUUUCCUGCUUGGUGCUCAUACUGACCACUGGCUUGGAGAGCAAGGUGAGGCAGGGCCCCAGAAUGCCAAAGGUAGUGAAACCCAAACCUGUUCCAUGACAGCUGCACUCAUGUUGGAUGCCAAGACUGGUUCCGAAGAUGGACUUCUUGCCAAAUCAGACCUUGAGUUCCUGCCUGAACCUGAGCCCUGUCUCCCAGAGCCUCAGAGGAGCCUUCUGGACCAUUUGGGAUUUGAUUCAACCCCUGUGGCCCUAACUCCUCAGGAAGAAGUGGAUAGUAUAUUUCCUUAUCUCUUUCCCUAUGAGUUAUGAGCUGUGUAAUUUCUGAGCCUUGAAGGAAUCACUGCUAAGUAGGUUGAGGGUGGGAAGGGACAGAAAAUAGAGAUUUUGAAGCAGCACAGAAACCAGUAUACAUCUGGGCACUUUAUUUUGGGUUUGGAUUGCAGCUGCAGCCUAAUUU